CAUUUUUCCAUCGUAUUUAUAUUUAUCGGUAUAUCAUUUAUAAAUAAUUCCUCUCAUUGUCAGUUUUGAUCGUUGUAACACAGCUAUUUUAUUUUUAUUUAUUUUUCUUUUCAUUAUUCGCAAAUAAAACGUGAACGUACAUGUACAUGUGAGAGCAGAUGAUCUCGUUAGGUUCGUUCCAUUAUACAUUCGUUGGUGAAAUAUUUUUCUUUUCGUCUAUCGACGAACAAAGAAAUUAUUUUGAAACUUGGAUUUUCAUUUGUUUAAUUGUUCGACGAACGCAUAAUUAUACAUAUAUACGUAUGCAUGUCCAGACACCUUUUUUAAUAUCGCAACAAGUCUUAUCAACUCCAUUUUAUUGUCUUUUUUCCUGUUUUUCCUGUUUUUCCUGUUUUUCAUUUUCUCAAUAAAACACACGAUUAUUUAGAUAUUGUUUCGCUAGAAUGCUAAGAUUUUUAAGGUUAUGUGGAUGUUUGUUUCGACCAAUGAUAUAGAGAAGCAUUUACUAGGAACGGAAAGUUUUUUACGUUUCUUUCACGAAAAAUUUCAUUCGAACAAAUACGUUCAAACAAUUCGAUUAAUCGAGGCGAACGAUUACAGCGAUACCUACUGUGUCUUUCGCCGACUUAAGAUACGAUCGCAGAAAUCGAAUCGAAUCGAAUCGAUUCUUUGAACGAGUGUAAGUUUAAAAUAAGGAAUUAUUGUUCUGUUAAAAGAAGCAUGAAUCGUUCGAAUCUCGGUUCACUUAUCUGUAGAUAUAUUACAAUCAUGAAAUCAUAUUCUUCCUUCUUUUCUUCCCAUUCUUUGAAACGUUUAUGCAUAGUUAGGGGUUGUGUGUUUUUCAGUUGAAAUUUCUAGAGCGUAUACUAAAGUAUUGGUAAAAAGAAAAUAAGAGAAGCGCGUCUAAAUGUAGAGAUAUCGAUGAGGUUGGUAAGAAUCGUUAUUAUUUUUACGAUUGAAUCGCUACAAGACAAUAAAUUUGUUUGGCGCGUCAUUUGGAAGCUGAUCGGUUUAUCACGGCCGUGAUAACGUUUUCUCGAGACGUCCGUGGCUUUCAAAGAUAUUGCGCUCCGCUUCUUCUCCUCCAGUUGAACGGAAUCACGCUCUUAUUUCGAGUUUUAUCUCAAGUUUGUCUCAAGUUUGUCGCUAGGUAUUCUGUGACUUUUAAUCAAGUAUUUUCUCUAUUUCCCGUUACCGUAACAGAACAUGCGAAUAAUCUUGUUCGAAACACAAUUGAAAAACACGUUCCAAUUAUAGAGGUGUUGAGAAUCGACCUUUGACAUUAACGACGCGACGCGACGGUCCGAUAAAAUUUCCGAUUACUUUGCGCACAAAUUAAUAUCGAAAAAAAAAUAGAACGAACAACGAACAAUGAAAAGGGUUGAUUGCUAGAAUAAUUACUAGAGUUGGUUGCAACUGACAUCGGAGUUCGUAUUGAACAGGUUCUCUGAAAUCACCGUUCGAUUUCGAUAUGUAAAUAGAAAAAAUAAAAGAGAAGGACGAAGAGAAAUAAAUAAUGUAGAAAUAAUUGGGGAUGAGCUUCGGAAAGCGCAGGAGGAACGUAGAGUUUUUACUGGCACCGAUCGAUAGGAAAGGUCGAGAUGCGAGUGUUUUUCCGAUAAACGAGCUUUAGGAUCUUUUAGGAAAACGCGCGAAAGGGAAGGAACGCGAUGAAGUAGAGAAGGGUGGUGGUCGGUCGGCUGACUAGAUUGACGAAGAGAGGAAGACGAAAGGGAAAAUAGUUAGAAAUAGAUGAGCUAGUAACAGCCCUCUGACCACUGGCUUUGAUCGUUUCACGGUAGAUCAGUUUCGAUACACGAAGCGUCCCAUACCCGGCCUUCUCCUCACCCUAGCACCCUAGCACCCUAACACCCUAACACCCUAACACCCACACCUCUUUCGCCACAUAUCGUGUUUUUCAUUUGCGUAGCUAGUCAAAAGUUAAAAAGUUAUAAAGUUACAUUAAUCUGACGAAAUAGUAAAUAGUAAAUGGAAGUGGUUAGGUAUUCGGUAUUUUAGUUUCCCAAGGUUGCGUGCAAAUAAAAGCUUUGCGCCGCGCCCGCUCGUUUGCGUGGUUCUAAUUCUAACAUAGCCAACGACUCGAAAAUUCAUUCCGAUCACUUUUAAACAAUCUUUCUGUUUUACAUACGAGUAUUAUUGUACGCGAGGAGGCGUAAAUGACUAGCUAUACGAGCGAAAGUAGGCAGGAAAGCUCGUUUUAACGAACAUAAUUAACCUACUUAUGUAAAAAGUAGCAACAAGUUGACAACGGAUUCUGGAAAUAUUAUUUGAGCAUUCGAGCUGCUCAAAGGGGAGACGUUUGGAGAAAAUACAUUUGGUUUCGGCUUCGUCGCGUCGGUUUAUCGGUGAAAUUCCAGUAGAAUGGAAUUAGUUACGAGAUGAAUCUGGUAUCGUAGAAAGUUGCUUGUUUCUCGAGAACCGCGACUAGCAAAUAGGAAGGUUGAUACGGUUCUCGCGACAGAAGGGUUAACCGAUAACGGAUAACGGAUAACGGAUAACGGAUAGCGGUCCCAAUAGAGUCUUUCAAAGAGCAGAGAUUUCUCUUCCAAGUUGAUUCGAUCGAUACCUUGGACUCUGCGCGAUUUCUUCUCGAUGAACGAACAAAGUAAGACUUAUCGAUUAACCGGUAAUUUAAAACAUCGAGGAGUUACCGAUUAACUAACGCGUUGAUUGCCAGGCAGGCUGGUAGAAAUAGCUACAAGAUUGUGGACAGUAAAAAUAAAUACGCAAACGGAAAAAUGCCUCCUUGAACCAACGAUUGCUUUCGUUUUUGCUCUGCGAGUUUUUCAUCUUUGAGAUCGCGAGAGGAUGGCCGAUCACGAAAGGAUCAGGCUGGUGGUAUUGGGCGGUGCUGGCGUGGGCAAGAGCGCAAUUAUACGUCGUCUACUUGGUCAAGGAUUCAGCGAGAGAUACAGACCCACCGUCGAGGAUCUCUAUUCGAGGGAAUGCGUUCUCGGCACGCUGACGCUAAAAGUCGAUCUAUUGGACACUGCUGGGGACUUGCAGUUUCCAGCUAUGAGAAGGCUGAGCAUUGCCACGGCUCACGCGUUUCUUCUCGUUUACGCUACAACCUCCUUGCCGAGCUUCGACUGCGUGAAACGAUGUUUCGAAGAAGUCAGGGAACAACGACCGGACUUUCAGGAAGUACCAAUAGUCGUUGCCGGAAACAAGGUGGACCUUGCCUCGACGCGAAGAGAAGUACCGAUCGAGGAUGUUAGCGAAUGGUUGUUUUGCGAGUUACCCAAGCUUCGUGCCAAAGUGAUGGAAUGUUCUGCCAAAGACGAUUACAAUAUCAAAGACAUUUUUCGAUGUUUCAUCACUCUGUCGAAAAUCGUGCCGAAGAAUCAUACCGGUGAAGCGGACGAAUCCGGUCUCCGACGAAGAUCUUCGGCGUAUGGAUCGCGCAGGUCUGGCAGUCCACGCGGCAGAACCGGAAGCGCCGGCUCUGGGGGCAGUUCUCAGCAAGUGAUCGCACCGCAAACUUCCAACGUCCCCGUGGUCGUCAACGAGGAAGCAAAAUGCAAACCGCGCAGUCGUAGCUUGAUCCGACGCACAUCGCGAAAAACUAAACAGCAGAUCAGAGAUGCUCACACGGACGAUUGCAACAUUUCCUAAUUUACUCCUUUUAUUUUAUCUCUCUAUCACACCUAUCCUAUAUCCUAUCUAAAAAAGGUAAAAACCUUUCGAACCGCGUCCUUAUACGUAUUCAGAGUAUAUCAAUUAACGCUCUACCAGCUCUUCUCCGCUCUUCUCCGAAGAAGAAUAAAAAAGAACCCAAAGCGAAAAAGGAAUAAUAGUAGUUGAAACGUCCGCAUUGUCAUUUAAUUGUCAAUCUCAAUGUCAAAGUACUGAAAUCGCUUGUUGAAAACUUUGUCUUAACGAUAAAGGAAGGACCAACAGUUUCAGCUUUAAUAAUGUAUUUACAAAAAUACGAUUAAUAUUCGAUCCUCUUCUUUUGCACCUUCUUUCUUUUCUUUUCUUUCAUUGUGUCUCGUUAAAGACAAACAUAAAUGGACCAAUCUGAAUUCGCCUUCGUUCACUUCUUUACUCUCUUUUUUACUUUUUUCUCCAAUAAUAAUUUAUCAAGAAUUUUUUAUUAAUUAUCAGUUAUACAAUUUCAUUAUUGUUCAGUAAUUAAAUUUCACUUUCAAACAUGUACGAAACUAUUAUCGUUAUUUAAGAAACUAGAUCUGUAUACGUAUAGGUAUCUAAAUUCAUAUAUGUAUAAUUGAAAUUCGAUACAAACCAAUAAUGGAACGAAAGUAAAUCAAACCAAAACGUUCA